AACAAAAGUGCGUUCCUUUGUGGAGUCAUGAAGACCUACAGACAGAGAGAAAAACAAGGAAGUAAGGUACAAGAGUCCACCAAGGGACCAGAUGAGGCUAAAAUAAAGGCUCUGUUGGAGAGGACAGGAUACACUCUGGACGUCACUACCGGGCAGAGAAAAUAUGGAGGUCCCCCACCUGAGGACGUGUUCAAAGGAACACAACCAGGGAUUGGAACUGAGUGUGUUGUCGGCAAAAUCCCCAGGGAUCUGUAUGAAGAUGAGCUGGUGCCACUCUUUGAGUCUGCUGGUCCCAUCUGGGACCUCAGGCUAAUGAUGGACCCGCUAUCUGGUCAGAACAGAGGUUAUGCCUUCAUCACGUACUGCAAUAAGGAUGAUGCACAGAAGGCUGUGAAGCUUUGUGACAACCAUGAAAUCCGCCCUGGCAAGUACUUGGGAGUGUGUAUAUCUGUUGCAAACAAUCGUCUGUUUGUUGGAUCAAUUCCAAAGAACAAGACCAGAGAAAGCAUAUUGGAAGACUUCGGCAAAGUCACAGAGGGUCUCCAAGAGGUGAUAUUGUACCACCAGCCAGAUGACAAGAAGAAGAACCGUGGCUUCUGUUUUCUGGAGUACGAAGACCACAAGUCUGCAGCACAAGCUCGCCGCCGCCUAAUGAGUGGCAAGGUCAAGGUCUGGGGGAACCCGGUCACAGUGGAGUGGGCUGAUCCUGUUGCAGAACCAGAUCCAGAGGUCAUGGCAAAGGUGAAGGUGCUCUUUGUAAGGAAGCUGGCCACAGCAGUGACUGAAGAGCUCCUUGAAAAGACCUUCUCUCAGUUUGGAAAGCUGGAACGAGUGAAGAAAUUGAAAGACUAUGCUUUUGUCCACUUUGAAGAAAGGGAUGCUGCUGUAAAGGCCAUGGAUGAAAUGAACGGAAAGGAGCUAGGAGGAGAGGAAAUUGAGAUCGUCCUGGCAAAGCCCCCAGACAAGAAGAGGAAAGAGCGCCAGGCAGCUCGGCAGACCACUAGGAAUGCAGGGUAUGACGACUACUACUACUACCCACCUCCACGCAUGCCGCCACCAGGCAGAGGCAGGGGUCGUGGUGGCCGAGGGGGCUAUGCCUAUCCACCAGAUUACUAUGGCUAUGAGGACUACUAUGAUGACUACUAUGGCUACGAUUAUCACGACUACCGUGGUGGCUAUGAAGACCCUUACUACGGCUAUGAAGAUGUGUACAGCAUGAGGGGCCGCGGCACUCGUCCCAGCAGGGGAGGGCCUCCUCCUCCUAGGGCUCGUGGAGCUCCACCGGCACGAGGCCGGGGUGGCUACGCCCAAAGAGGGCCCCCCCUUGGUGGUCCGAGGGGUGGCCGAGGAGGCCGGGGAGCCCCUUUCCAGCCUCAGAGGGGCCGUGGUCCUCGCGGGGCCAGGGGCAAUCGCGGCGGGAACGUCGGUGGAAAGAGGAAGGCAGACGUGUUUAACCAGCCUGACUCCAAGCGCCGCCAGACCAACAACCAACAGAACUGGGGGUCCCAGCCCAUCGCCCAGCAGCCCCUGCAGCAAGGGGCCGACUAUUCUGGUAACUAUGGUUACAGUAAUGACACCAUGGAGUUUUCACAGGAUUCUUAUGGGCAGCAGUGGAAGUAGAUGCACCCAAAGGUAUUUGGCAAAGUGACAACAAAAAAAAAAGAAAAACAACAAUAAAAAGAAAAAAAAACCAGGAGAUUGGCCACAAUUUUUUGAUUGACUUUUUAUUCUUCAUCCCUCAAGAAAAAAUAAAAUCUGUAUAUAUCUCAGAAAAAAAUGGACAGGCCCCAGAUUUGGCUCAAGAUGAUUGGCUGGAAAGCCUUUUGGCUGAAGAAAUGAACGUAACCGUUGUGAUGAAUCAUUUCUUACUCCUACGGUUACAUUGGGACAUGUCUUUAAAAAACACACAAAAAAACACUUUUAUUGUUACGUUUUGUUCCUGUUUGUUUUAAAGCCAACAAUGAACAUUUACAAAAAAGUGGACAUUCAUUCUCAAAAGUCUGAGAGGACAUUAAAUAAUGAAUAUUGCCUUGCAGGAAGUUUUUGUCCAUGCCCCCUCCUCCCCUCUCCUUCUUGUACUCUCUUUAUUUGUGGUUUCUCAUAGUUGCUUAGGGACUUGCUUGUAAAUAAAUGCAUAUGGUUAGAGCUUCAUACUUCAUUUUUUGCAAUGGUGGAGAAAAGAAUCCACAGGAAGGAAGAAAUCAAAGUUUUGUAAUGUUCAAAGUGUAUGCCUAGCAUUUCUAGAGGUAGACAAAUUGUGUUUUUUUUAAAACUGAUACCAUAACUUCCUAUGUUUUCUUUAAACUUGCCCGGUAGAAUUUGGUUUGGCUUACCUUAAAAGCCAUAGCAGUUUGUUCUCUGAUGUUCUUUGUAUUUAUAACUUUUACGUUUGUUCCGUUUCAAUAAAACUCAGCUGAGCAUCA